AUGAAAGUAUGUACUCUUAAUAUCAGCAUCCUUAUCCUCCUGGACAUCUCCGCCGCAUUCGACACAGUCUCCCACACUAUCCUACUCAACCGCCUAUCCGUCUACCUUGGCCUCUCUGGUACAGCCCUCUCCUGGUUCCAUUCCUACCUCUCCAACAGGCAACCGUUUGUGACCAUCGGAAAAUCCAGCUCUCCCCCAGCCCCUGUCAACCAAGGUGUGCCGCAAGGUUCAGUGCUCGGCCCCCUUCUAUUCAACAUCUACAUGCUCCCCCUCGGUGAAAUCAUCCGCCGACAUGGUCUCAACUUCCACUCCUAUGCCGACGACACCCAACUCUACAUCAGUACCAAUCCAUCAUCCCAGCUACCCCCACUGUCACUUGUCAACUGCCUCCGCGACAUCCAAGCCUGGAUGUCAAAAAAUCUACUUAAACUCAACAAUAACAAAACAGAGCUCAUGGUUGUGGCCCCAAAAACACUGCUCCGGAAGGUUGGAGAUCUGCUCCUCACCAUCGAUGGCGGCUCCAUCCACCCUUCCCCUGAGGUUCGCAGCCUGGGCGUCACUCUGGACUCCAGCCUCACCUUCAACUCCCACAUCAGAUCUACUGUCAAAACCGCUUUCUUUCACCUACGAAACAUCUCCAGACUCCGGCCCACUCUCCCCGACCCCGUUGCAGAAACAUUAAUUCAUACCUUCAUCUCUUCUCGUCUGGACUACUCAACGGUAGCGUUGGUUUAUGCAAUGUCUCGCAGGAGGCCACGUAUAGUGCGUCGCUGUUGGGUACAUACAAUACUCAGAAAACGUCUGCAACGGGGGGAAUACCACGUUCUUGUCCAAGAGCUCCGCCUGAAUGGUGUACUGUUUCAGCAGUACUUCAGGAUGAGCAAAGACGCGUUCGACGAGUUGCUCGGAAAAGUCGGUCCACUGAUUGCAAAGGCAGACACCCGUAUGCGUUUGUCAAUCGGACCCGCCGAGCGACUCGCCAUCUGCCUACGGUACCUGGCAACCGGUGACUCGUACAGGACCAUAGCAUUCAGCUAUCGGGUCGGGCAUGCAACAGUGGCUGUCAUCGUCAAGGAGGUUGCGGGUGCCAUCUGGACCGCGCUGGUCGAGGAGACCAUGCCGGUACCACAGACGGAGGACUGGAGAGCCAUCGCUGCUGGGUUCCAGGAGCGCUGGAACUUUCCAAAUUGCGUUGGUGCCAUUGAUGGGAAGCACGUGGUGAUCCAGGCUCCGGCCUGGCUACUGGCUGUCGUGGAUGCCCAGUACCUCUUCAGGGUAGUGGAUGUCGGAGGUUUUGGAAGGAGCGGCGACAGUGGGAGCCUGAGGAAUUCCGCUUUUGGAGAGGGCCUCCGAGAUGGCAGUCUGCAGCUACCACCUGACACCGUCAUCCCAGGAGCAGAGCGGCUGGGCCUUCUUCCCCAUGUGUUUAUUGGAGAUGAGGCUUUUCCGCUGCUGGACAACCUGCUGCGUCCGUUCCCUGGACGUCAGCUCACGCGUGAAAGGAGGCUGUUCAACUACCGCCUCAGCCGGGCCAGGUUGGUGGUUGAAUGUGCGUUUGGCAUCCUCUCAUCUCAGUGGAGAAUGUUCCGGCGUGUCAUCACCACCAGCCCGGAGGUAACAGAGUUGUGUGUGAAGGCCACCUGUGUGUUGCACAACUUCCUCCGCAGGAAGACAAUAGGAAGGUCAUCACGCACACCUGUCGUCCCUGUCGUUGCAGAGUCGAGUGAUGAAGCUCCAACCCUGCGCGAUGCACCUAUGAUGGGCUCAAACAACGCCACAUGCCGAUCCAUCCAACUGCGGGAGACCUUCUGCUCCUAUUUGAAUGAGGAGGGUGUAGUGUCAUGGCAGCAUAAAGUGGUGUAG